UCAGUCUAUUCUUGACUCUGAGUCGGUCACAGCCGCAGCUCACACACUCGAGGCUGACCAGUUCGCUUCUGUGGUCAUCAUGGAAGAAGACAGCAUCAACGGACUCCAGGACGCAGAGAUUCCCAAACGCAGCGAUGUCAAAGUCUACAAGGAGUUCUGUGAUUUCUACGUGCGCUUCAACAUGACGAAUGCGUUGACCAAUGCCAUCUGUGAGCGCUGCAAGGCCAGCUUCACUCCAACGGAGAAGAUCGUGAACAGUAAUGGUGAGCUGUAUCAUGAGCAGUGCUUCGUCUGUGCGCAGUGCUUCCAGCAGUUCCUCGAGGGGCUCUUCUAUGAGUUUGAAGGCAGAAAAUACUGUGAGCAUGACUUCCAGAUGCUGUUUGCUCCGUGCUGUUACCAGUGUGGCGAGUUCAUCAUUGGCCGUGUGAUAAAGGCCAUGAACAGCAGCUGGCACCCUGACUGUUUCUGCUGCGAUCUGUGCCAGGCUGUGCUCGCUGACGUCGGCUUCGUGAAGAACGCAGGCAGACACCUGUGCCGUCCGUGUCAUAACCGUGAGAAGGCUCACAGUCUGGGGAAGUACAUCUGUCAGAAAUGUCAAGCCAUCGUUGAUGACAUCCCGCUGAUUUUCAAGAAUGACCCGUACCAUCCUGACCACUUCAACUGCAAUAACUGCGGUAAGGAGCUGACGGCCGAAGCCAGGGAGCUGAGGGGUGAGCUGUACUGUCUGCCGUGUCACGAUAAGCUGGGCGUGCCGAUCUGCGGCGCCUGCAGGAGACCCAUCGAGGGCCGCGUGGUCAAUGCCAUGGGCAAACAGUGGCACGUGGAGCAUUUCGUGUGUGCUAAAUGUGAGAAACCGUUUCUUGGUCAUCGGCAUUAUGAGCGCAAGGGCCUGGCAUACUGUGAGAAUCACUACAACCAGCUCUUUGGAGAAGUCUGUUACCACUGCAACCGUGUCAUCGAGGGAGAUGUGGUGUCUGCGCUGAAUAAGGCCUGGUGUGUCAAAUGCUUCGGCUGCUCCACGUGCCACUCCAAGCUGACCCUCAAGGAUAAGUUUGUGGAGAUGGAUCUGAAGCCUGUGUGUAAGCACUGCUACGAGCGCGUGCCGGACGAGCUCAAGAGACGCCUGUCCAAACAAGACUCCAAAGACAUGAAGAAGAAGAAAAUGCCCAUCUGUCUGUGACAUCUCUCUGUUUCUGCGAUCUGCUGAGAUCUCCUGCAGCUGAACACCAGACGUCCAGCUCCUCACCGCUUCAUCUCGACUGCUCAGAUCUGUGUUAGCUGAACAAUAGAAGGGUUCACAAAUAAAGGAAUGCAGAGUUUU